UCGGCCUCCCACGUGCCACGCUUCCGUGUUCACACCUCCCGUCCCCUCCCCUCCGCUCUCCAGCGAUGAAGGAAAAGCAGAAGCUUCCUUUCCCCUCUCCCCCGAUAUUCCCUGAUAAGAAAAGAGACUGAAAUUCAAAACAAGCCACCGUUCAUUCCCUCGUUCAUCCGCCGAAAACCUCGCUCCCCGGGGGAUUAUGGAGGCGUAGGGCUCGGGAUCCACCGGAGCAACCAAGCUUGGAUUGGGAGGACGGCCAGGGAUGUCGGGGCCCGUCGACCGGUCCGGGAGGCCCGGUGCAGGUUUUGAGGGCUUCACUCAUGAUGAUGAGAAUGAAGAGAGCAAAUCCGAUGAAGAUAACUCCGAAGGUGACAACAAGGCCAAAAAGGGGUCCUUCAAGAAAAGAGCGAUUAGUGCCGGAAAUAAAUUUAGGCGUUCCUUGAGGAGGAAGAGCAAAAAGAAGAGUGGCAAUCUAGCCUCAAUAGAGGAUAUAAGGGAUGUGCAAGAGCUGGAAACUGUUGAAAGAUUCCGCCGAUGCUUGCUUGAUGGGGGCUUGUUGCCCGAACGUCAUGACGAUUAUCACACGAUGUUGAGGUUCCUGAAAGCAAGAAAGUUUGAUAUUGAGAAAGCAAAGCAUAUGUGGUCAGAAAUGCUUAGAUGGAGGAAUGAGUAUGGGGUCGACAGUAUAGAGGAAUUCGACUACACUGAAUUAAAUGAAGUUAAGAAGUAUUAUCCACAAUUUUACCAUGGAGUGGAUAAAGAGGGAAGGCCUGUCUAUGUAGAACUAGUUGGAAAGGUUGAUGCCAAUAAACUAGUCAAAGUAACAACUCUUGACCGAUACAUAAAGUAUCAUGUGAAGGAGUUCGAGAGAAGUUUCCAGAUGAGGUUUCCAGCUUGUUCCAUAGCUGCAAAAAGGCACAUAGACUCGUCUACAACUAUUUUAGAUGUGCAAGGGGUGGGCUUAAAGAACUUCUCAAAAGAUGCAAGGGAACUAAUCAUGCGACUGCAGAAGAUUGACAAUGAUAACUAUCCAGAGACAUUGUGCCGCUUGUACAUUAUAAAUGCUGGGCAGGGCUUCAAGAUGUUAUGGGGUACAAUUAAAUCAUUUCUUGAUCCACAGACUGCUUCGAAGAUUCAUGUUCUUGGAAGCAAGUACCAAAAUAAGCUGCUUGAAAUAAUUGAUGAAAGUAUCAUGUCCAGUGAACUACCAGAUUUUCUUGGAGGCAAAUGCAGGUGUGAAGAGAGUGGAGGUUGCUCAAAAUCAGACAAAGGUCCUUGGAAGGAUCCUAACAUAAUAGAGAGGGUCCUUAACGGUGAAGCAAAUUAUGGUCAACAAAUUCUUGCCAUAUCAAGCACUGAUGGGAAGACAGUUUCUUAUACUAAGCUUCAUUCCUCAGCUAAAAAAACCAGUGAUGCCUCAGCCGAAUCUACAUCUGAUGUAGAAGAUAUUACGUCUCCUGCUGCUCCACUGGAUGCCACUGUGAACCCUGAUUUGACCCUUCAUGAGCCAAAAUCUUCAGGACAUGCUUCAACUUCUGGUACUGCUACUGUCCUAGAGGAAAGCGUCCCCACUGUUGUUGACAAGCUUGUGGAUGAUGUGUGCAACAGUCCAAAAGCCACUUCAAUGGCUUCUACCUCAGGUUCAUUCUCCUUGAGAAAUAUACGUAUGGCAUUGGGAGUGCUACGAACUCAGAUUGUUACUUGUCUGACAGUUUUAAUUAUGAGCCUUUUUAUGGUGAUCCGUUCUGCCCCAAGCAGAGUAUCUGAAAGGUUCUCAAGACAGUCCAUUGGCUGUGAUCACAAUUGUGGGGAAUUUCCCCAAAAUUUGGAGUUUAAGGUACCGUAUGUAUUAAGACGGCUUCGUGAACUGGAGGAGAAGGUGGUUGUACUUGAAACAAAGCCAUCUCAAAUGCCAGUUGAGAAAGAGGAACUGCUCAAUACAGCUGUGUGCCGUGUCGAUGCAUUGGAAGCUGAGCUGAUUUCUACAAAGAAGGUGCUCUACGAGACAUUGAUAAGGCAGGACGAGCUGCUUGCAUAUAUUGAAAAACAGGACAAAAACAAAUUCCGGAAGAAGAGGUUCUGCUUCUAAGUGCUGGAGUACACUCUCAACUAUUUAUUUUCCUUCAAGACGGGGUAUUCUUCUUGCCAAAUUGGAUGCAUAUAUUUGUAAUUUGUUUGCGUGUAAAGUUCUGUAAGUGUAUAUCACGAAUAGAAGGGCGGGCGAGCAUUUUGCCACGUCUUUGAUGUUCCACUGCUGAGUAUAUAUCGUUGAUGCCUGGAACAUAUUUGAGUCCAGAAAAAGCAAAGGUGUACAGUACAGAAUUUAUAUAGAAAUACAAAGGGUGUAGCGUACAGAA